AUCAUAGUGUGAACAGUAUUGGGAUCACUUUCAGUCUGGAUGAGCAGGAGAGAACAACUACAGCGGAGACAACACCGACUCGGCUGCAGAAUCAACCAGAUGGAAAACGAUCAACCACGUCAGCAUCAUGGUACAAGUAGAAUUGAAAAGAUGGAAAUCCAUCAGCAAAUGCAGCACGACAGCAGAUCUGCUCUGGAAGAAGAGGAACGAAACCUGAAAUACCUCAAGCACAGCAUGGAGCAUUUGGUCAUUGAACUACAGCAGCAACAUGGUCCAAGAUCCAUUCUGAACCUGCUGAUCCCACUGAACGACAGUAUCGACCAGUUGCAAAGUUCCCAACAGAAAGCCCAUCAUGGUAUCAGAUCUGUCCUGGAACAAGAGGCAGAAAAUCUGAAACCUCUCAAGCAAAGAAUUGAACAGAUGGAAUCAGUUCAACCAAAGAACCAUGCUGGUGUCAGCUCUGCUCAGGAACAGGAGGAAAACAUCAGAUCUUUCAAGCAAGGGUGUGCCCUGGAAGAGGAGGGAGAACACCUGACAUCACACAAGCAAAGAUCUGCUCUGGAAGAAGAGGAACGAAACCUGAAAUACCUCAAGCACAGCAUGGAUCAUUUGGUCAUUGAACUACAGCAGCAACAUGGUCCAAGAUCUGCUCUGGAGGAAGAGGAACGAAACCUAAAAUACGUCAAGCACAGCAUGGGGCAUUUGGCCAUUGAACUACAGCAGCAUCAUGUUCCAAGAUCCAUUCUGAGCCUGCUGAUCCCACUGAACGACAGUAUCUACCAGUUGGAAAGUUCCCAACAGAAAGCCCAUCAUGAUAUCAGAUCUGUACUGGAACAAGAGGCAGAAAAUCUAAAAUCUCUCAAGCAAAGAAUUGAACAGAUGGAAUCAGUUCAACCAAAGAACCAUGCUGGUGUCAGAUCUGCUCAGAAACAGGAGGAAAACAUCAGAUCUUUCAAGCAAGGAUGUUCCCCGGAAGAGGAGGGAGAACACCUGACAUCACACAAGCAAAGAUGUGCUCUGGAAUACAAGGGAGAACACCUGACAUCACCAAAGGUGCAGCAAAGACGAGCUCCAGAACAAAAGGAAGAAAAUCCCUUAUCACUCAAACAAAGAAGUGACCAGAUGGAAAUGGUUCAGCAAAAGAACCAAGAUGGUACAAGAUCUGCUCAGAAACAGGAGGAAAACCUAAGAUCUUUCAAGCAAGGAAUGGAAGAGAUUGAAGUCAUUCAACAACAGCAUCAUAACUUGAUCAGAUCUGUUCUACAAAAAGAUGAAGAAAACCUAAACCUCCUCAAGCAAAGAUCUCAAGAUCCAACAGAGCAACCAAAAUCAUUCAUCAAAAGAAUUGAAUAUGUGGAAGGUUAUCAACACCACCACCAUAAUGUUAUCAGAUCUGCUCUGGAACGAGAGGAGAAAAACCUGGAAUACCUGAAGCAAAGAAUAACCAAGCUGGAAGAGCAACUUCAACAAAAAAGCUCGGCUCUAAAAGCAAAAGAAGAAGAACUGACAUCAUUCAAAGACAGAGUGGCAGGGGAGGUCGCUCUAUCAAUGAAAACAGGAUCAACCAUCAGCAUGAACAACCCAGUGAAUAAAUUCCGACUGAAAGAGAUGUACGAUGAGCUGCGAUGCUUCUGGCCAAAAAUUAAACAUGAACUAAAACUGAAUAAGAAAACUCCAGAAGAUGCCAGGAGAGUCAUUCAGGAACAGUUUAAAGCAGCAGCAGCUGACAUGAAGAGAAAGAAGGAACAGCUGGAUGACAUAUUCGAACUAAAGGAGGAAGAAAGUGAAGCAUCUCUGAAGGUUAAACAAUACAGACAGUCAACAGCAGAAAACCUCCAGCUGGCUAUCUACAGCAAGAAACAUGCUGGGUCAAAGAAACAUCCCUCCAUAGGUUGCCUGCCUGGACCUGAAGGUGAAAGUCCUGUGGACAUGAUGGCUCGUCUGGCCUCUGAAUGCUACUGGCUGGGCUCUUUGAUGGCGCUGAACAACCCUCCUCUUUACCCAGACUGGGAGAAUCACCCUCCUUCCAUGGAUCAAUGGGAUAUUUUACCACGAAAUGUCCGAGAUGUUGUUGAAAAAGAGCCAUGGAAAAUCUAGCAGGACAACAGGACCAUUAUUUAGUUCUGAGAUUUUAUGGAUUGUAGAGUUUCUGGGGAUUUUCUGUCAGAAAUAUUCUAAACUUUUAAAGGAGAAUAAUUGAAGGUAGCCUUCAUAAACCUGAUCCAAUUACUCUUUAGAUUUGAGUUUAGCACAGCGACUUAGUUCCUCUGCUUAAUCUAUCACACAUACAAUGCUUUGAUUUAUUAUUCCAGCAGAGGUGGCUUAAUGUUUUCAUUCUGUUAAGUUUAGCAGUUAUGGUUGUAGCUUUUUCUCUAUACUCAUGUUAAAACUGAAUUAAGUAACUAAAUUUGAAAAUUUUUAACAAGGAAUAGUAAAAAAAAUGAAAUAUAUACAUGUUGAAUGUAUUUUUAUUACAAUAACAUGUAGAUAAUGAAUAAUAAGAGUUAAAGUAAAACUAUAAGUUUCUAUGCUUUGGUUAAAAUGACUGUUGCAGCACUAAAUGCAAUAAAUCAGAUUUCAUGUUU